AGCCCAGCGAGCCCACGGCUGCGGUCCGAGCUCUCCGAGUGACCUCUGCACCCCAGCGCGUCCCCACCCAGGCACCCGCGGCUCCCGCUCUUCCCGCGCCCCGCACUCCGUCUUGUGCCCCGCACCCCCGUGCCUCCAUUUCCCAGCCUCCCGGAAGAUGCGCUGCGCGCCUUCGGCCGGCGCGGCCCUGGUGCUGUGCGCUGCCACCGCCGGGCUGCUGAGCGCUCAGGGCCGCCCCGCGCCGCCCGAGCCGCCGCGCUUCGCGUCCUGGGACGAGUUGAACGUGCUGGCGCACGGGCUGCUGCAGCUCGGCCACGGGCUGCGGGAGCACGUGGAACGCACCCGUGGGCAGCUGGGGGAGAUCGAGCGGCGCCUGAACGCGUGCGGGGCCGCCUGCGGACCAGCCGCCGGGACCGCCUCGCCCCCGCACGCUCCUGAGCGCCCGCUACCCGCGGACGAGGCCCCGCCCAACGACACCUUGGGCAGCUUACAGAUGCAGCUCAAAGCCCAGAACAGCAGGAUCGAGCAGUUAUUCCAGAAGGUGGCCCAACAGCAGCGGAACCUGGAGAAACAGCAUCUGAAGAUUCAGAGUUUGCAGACCCAGGUGGACCAUCUAGCCUCCACACACCUGGAACUUGGGAUGGCCAAUCCUUCCAGGGGGAAGAGGUUCCCCAAGAUGGCUCAGCAUAAAGAUCCUGCUCACAACUCCAGCCGUCUGCACAGGCUGCCCCGAGAUUGCCAGGAGCUGUUUGAGGAGGGGGAGCGGCAGAGUGGACUCUUCCAGAUCCAGCCCAAGGGGUCCCCACCGUUCCUGGUCAACUGCGAGAUGGCUGCAGACGGAGGCUGGACGGUGAUUCAGAGGCGCCAGGACGGCUCUGUGAACUUUGACCAGCCCUGGGAGGCCUACAAGGCGGGCUUCGGGGACCCCCAAGGUGAGUUCUGGCUGGGCCUGGAGAAGGUACACAGCAUCACAGGGGGUCUCGGCGGGCGCCUGGCCGUGCAGCUUCAGGACUGGGAGGGCAACGCUGAGUCUCUGCAGUUCCCCAUCCAGCUGGGGGGCGAGGACACUGCCUACAGCCUGCAGCUCACGGCGCCCGUGGCCAGCAAACUGGGCGCCGCCGCCAUUUCGCCCAGUGGCCUCUCCCUACCCUUCUCCACCUGGGACCAGGACCAUGACCUUCGCAGGGACAAGAACUGCGCUAAAGCCCUUUCCGGUGGCUGGUGGUUCGGCACCUGCAGCCAUUCCAACCUCAACGGCCAUUACUUCCGCUCCAUCCCACGGCAGCGGCAGCAGCGGAAGAAGGGUAUCUUCUGGAAGACCUGGCGGGGCCGCUACUACCCGCUGCAAGCCACCACCAUACUGAUCAAGCCUGCAGCCCCCGCUGCCGCUGCCGCCUAACCUUACCUCCCUGGGGCCUGCUCCCAGGCCUCUAGAGGGCAGUGACUCGGACUCUGGCCCAGGACGUGGCCACUCCCUGCCUGGCAGGGGCUCCAGGUAGAGGCCACCUGGAGCCUGGUGGACAGAGAAGAAGCCCAUGACUGCAGAAGCCCCCUUCUGAGUGGGGAUUAGACGAGUCGCCCACCUUUUGAAAACCAGCAGGGCUGCCGGGUAAACACAGGCCCAGGUCACGCAUGGGCCUGAGGGCAAUCCGUCCCCAUCCCCGCCCGGCCCGCAAGAGUAGUGAGGGGACACAGAGGGACCACUUGGGGCUGGCCCAGCUGGCCGGCCCUCGAGGACGGAAUCAGUCACAUUGACUGCUCAGGAUCCCGGGCCCCAGGAGGUCUGGGCGCCCUCGUGGUGCUGUUUUGUGUGGGUGCUGUGGGACCAGCUGGCGCCAGUGGCAUUUGGACGCAGCUCACAGAAUUCUUGGAAUAAAAGCAAUCUCAGAACA